GCUUUGGUGUCGUCAUUUCCGGUGCCCCAGUUGUGUGCAGUGAGCCUCACGCAGUGGUGCUGUCAGUGUUCCGACAAUGGCUCGUAAUGCAGAGAAAGCCAUGACGGCUUUGGCGAGGUUUCGCCAAGCACAACUUGAAGAAGGGAAAGUUAAGGAACGGCGGCCAUUUCUUGCCUCUGAAUGUAAUGAGUUGCCAAAAGCGGAGAAAUGGAGAAGACAGAUCAUUGGUGAAAUCUCAAAGAAAGUGGCACAGAUUCAAAAUGCUGGUCUUGGCGAAUUCAGGAUCCGUGACUUAAAUGAUGAAAUUAACAAGCUAAUCCGAGAAAAGGGGCACUGGGAAUACCGAAUUAAAGAGCUGGGUGGUCCUGAUUAUGGGCGCAUCGGGCCCAAGAUGCUUGAUCAUGAAGGCAAAGAAGUGCCAGGAAACAGGGGCUACAAGUACUUUGGAGCAGCCAAAGAUCUGCCAGGCGUUCGGGAGUUGUUUGAAAAAGAGCCUGCUCCUCCACCCAGGAAAGCACGUGCUGAGCUGAUGAAAGAUAUUGAUGCAGAGUAUUAUGGGUACAGGGAUGAAGAUGAUGGUGUGUUGGUCCCUCUGGAGAUAGAGGAAGAGAAGAAAGCCAUUGCUCAGGCUAUAGAGAAAUGGAGAAUAGAGAAGGAAGCCCGUCUGGCGCCAGGGGAGAAGAAUGAAGAGGAGGAGGAAGAAGUGAAUAUAUAUGCAGUGACUGCUGAUAAUGAGUCUGGAGAAGACAGCAACGAUGAGAAUGAAAGAGAGGAGGGACAGCAGAAGUUUAUUGCACAUGUUCCAGUACCAUCUCAGAAAGAGAUUGAAGAAGCCCUGAUACGACGAAAGAAAAUGGAACUUCUCCAGAAAUACGCAAGCGAGGCUCUCAUGGCUCAAAGUGAAGACGCCAAGCGGCUUUUAGGCGUAUAAUAUUGUAAAUGCAUGCAGCAACCCUCCAGGUCCUUGUAAAUUAUCCUGUUUUGUCACUUUUUGUACAGAAAAUAUAAAAUAUAGACUG